GCCGCGCGCCGAGGCGCUCUCCGAAGCGUCACUUCCGCUACCGCCCGCCGGGCUCCCGCCGUUUCCGGCCGCCUCGUUGCCGGGGUUUGGGGGUGAGGGGCCCGCGCGCUCCGGCUGGUUCCGCUUCCGUCCCCUUGAGUUUGUCGUCAGCAUCAGUGAUGUGAGCAGUCUGGAAAUGGAUGAGAUUGCUGAUCCUAUGAGGAUGGAAGCUGGUGACGCAACGUUGGCUAAUCACAACUUGAUAUUCAAGGCCUUUCCUCUACAACAGACUGCUAUUCCAGGGGAUCAGCUUUCACUGUCUGAUGACAAGUUUUUACCAAAUAAGUUUGGCAGUUUGGAGAGAUCUUUUACAUGCUCCGCGGGAAGUGCAUCAUGCAAUCCAAGUUGCUACUCAGAAGUUCCAUCCUCUGAGAGUUACCGGGUGUCGGGAGAAUUGAGAAUGUUGGGACCAAGUGCCAACGGACAGUGGCGGGGUUUGGUACCCACCCUGGGUUCUAUGUUACAGAAACCUAGAGUGAGUCGAAACUUGUAUCUCGACACUCGCAAAACUCCAAGUGGAAUGUCAAAUAGUUUUGUAGGGAAGUCAAACCAUCAUUGCCACAUAUCUGCCUAUGAAAAAACAUUUCCAAUCAAGCCCGUUACAAGUCCCUCAUGCCGUCGCAGCCUGCUAAGCCCCAAGAAAACCCAGAGGAGAUUUGUCAGCACUGCAGAAGAGACAGUUCGAGAGGAAGAGCGAGAGAUCUACAGGCAGCUGCUUCAGGUGGUCACAGGAAAACAGUUCUCAACAUCCAAGCCAGCCUCGCCUUUCCUCCACCUGUCCAGAUGUUUGAGUUCCAGUAAAAACGUAGUGAAAGAAACCCCAUGCAAGAAUGCAAAACCAUUUGAAAUGUACAGCCUCGCUCCAGGCUGCCAGUCAGCUAGUGUUCUGGGAACACAGGAGCAGCCAUCACACAAGCCACCACCGUACCCUGUAUCCAGUUAUCCGUCAAAUGUAACUUUUGAGUCCGAUAAUACCAGCACUCAGCAUCAGCAAGAUAAUCUACCAGCAUCCAACGCCCAGUCUGAAGGAUCCGACUCAGUCAUUGUGCUCAAGGUAAAAGAUUCCAGAACUCCGACUCCAAGCCUCCCUUUCUUCCAAGCAGAACUGUGGAUCAAAGAAUUAACCAGUGUCUACGAUUCACGAGCUCGGGAGAGAUGGCGUCAAAUAGAAGAGCAGAAAGCUUUGGCGUUGCAGCUGCAGAGCCAGAGAUUGCAGGAGCAGGAACACUUGAUACAGGAUCCAGUGGAUUUGAAUCUUCGAGUGCCUCUUGAGAAAGAGAUCCCUGUCACAGUUCUCCCAGAAGAGAAAGAGAAUGCUAAAUCAGCUGAUAAUGAAGAGGAAUUCCCUGAAAUCACAGAGGAAAUGGAGAAGGAAAUCAAGAGCGUAUUCCGCAGUGGAAACCAGGAUGAGAUCCUAAGCGAAGCUUUUCGGUUAACGAUAACCCGGAAAGAUAUUCAGACUUUGAACAACCUGAACUGGCUUAAUGAUGAGAUAAUUAAUUUCUACAUGAAUUUGCUGAUGGAGCGAAGCAAAGAGAAGGGGUUGCCAACAGUUCAUGCAUUUAAUACCUUCUUUUUUACCAAAUUAAAAACUGCUGGGUACCAAGCAGUGAAACGGUGGACAAAAAAAGUGGAUGUUUUCUCUGUGGAUGUUCUCUUGGUGCCUAUUCAUCUUGGAGUCCAUUGGUGCCUAGCCGUUAUAGACUUCAGGAAGAAAACCAUCACCUAUUACGAUUCCAUGGGUGGAAUAAACAACGAAGCCUGCAGGAUACUGUUGCAAUACUUAAAACAGGAAAGUCUUGACAAAAAACGGAAAGAAUUUGAUGCUAACGGCUGGUUGUUGCUCAGCAAGAAAAGUCAGGAAAUCCCUCAACAAAUGAAUGGCAGCGACUGUGGAAUGUUUGCCUGCAAAUAUGCUGACUGCAUUACCAAAGACAGACCGAUCAAUUUCACUCAGCAACACAUGCCCUACUUCCGCAAGCGGAUGGCCUGGGAGAUCCUCCAUCGCAAGCUGUUAUGAUGACACUGUGCCAAAAGCUGGAUCCUUGAGAGAUUCUGUCAAAAGCAUCCAGACUCGCCCCUCUCAGCAAUCUCCACUCCAGCAGACAUGGGACUUGCACUGGUUUCCAAUCAAAGAAAUCUUAAAUGACUCAGUAUGAGUUUUUAUGAACUCUGCUCAUGGACCAGUGCAUGAUGGGAACUGUCAGAAGCACACUCGCCUUGGGUUUUUUUUUGUAUUUUGAAACCUAUUUUUACAAUCCAGUGGACAACUUUGGACAUUCAAGGAAUUUAUUUUCUGCUUCUAGAAUCUCUCGCUGUCAGUUCCACAGAGCUGAUUGCUUUACACUUUCAGGUGUCUAGAUUUCAGGGAAGGGGAAAGCAAUUACAUGGGUUUCAGCAUUCCCUCUGUGAGCAGAAGAACCUAACUCUUAAACUUCGUGGUGGGUGGGGUGGGAUUUUAUGUAAUGGGAAUACUUGGGGAUGGAAGCUUUGUGGGCUGUUAGGUACCGGCACAUAGGAAGCAGCUGCUCUGUUGUUUGCCAGCAAAUGGGUAUGCUUGCAGCUGGUAGAAACUGGACAGGAAAAUGGUCAGAAAUGGUGAUUCUAACAAGGACUCAUUGGUCCUUUGUAUCUAUUCUGCGAGUGACUCUUCUGCUCUUUUUCAAAGCCAGCAUCUUUUCCCCCUAAUGGCAAGCUCAGCCGACGGUCCCCUGAAAUCAACGCCUACCUAUCAGUCGUGCCCAUGGUGCCUGAGACAGAAUAGGACAUGGCGCUUGCUUCUUGUAGAGCUGACAGGAAAACGACAAGCAUGGGGUAGUUUCUUUUGCGAGCAAAUUUUUAAGCAGCCAGGAGUGAGAUGAUCCAUGGGGCUGGAUUUGCUUGGAUCAGGUGCCACUUCUACAGCAUCAUUUUUCUGACCAAGGAAAAUAAGUCUCCCAGUUUUUAACAUAAAGUGUUGUUUAUGGAAUUCAGGUACACGUACAACUUCUUGUAGUUUAGGACAAGCGUACUGAGUAUGAUUAAUUGUUUCUUAUAUUUAUAUUUGACAAGUGUUUCCCAGAGCAACGAAGAACAAACAAUUUAAUACGUAUCUUGUUCUGCAGCUGUCUUCUUGCUUCCUUGAUUUUUAAAGUCCUACCAAGAGACAAUGGAUUUGAUUCUCGCCAUUCACCUUCAUUCAGGGCAUGCAUUUACAGCUGAGCAGUGUGGGUGUGAAACACCCCGUAUCUGAACUCUUCCCCCCACUGCUUGGUAACAUUUUGCCUAGGUAUAAAUGAUGACACAAGGUGCGAGGCCGUGGUGUUGGAUCCAGGCUCUGGAUCGAGGUUAAAGCGUGCUUCCAGAGGCAUCAUUUUUAGGUACAUUCAGGCUGAGAUUUUCAAAGGAACCUAAGGGAAUUAGGCACCAAAAUCCCAUUGAUGUUCAGUGAGGAAUUAGAAAUAAAAUUUUUAGAAGCACUUAAGCCUGUUGAAAGUCAAUGGGAUUUAGGCAUUUAAGUCAUUUUAGGUAUCAUUUCUGAAAACUUUUCCCUGGGUGUUUGACUCCCUUAUCAUUUGAAAAUCCCAGCCUUUGUUUUUGCUGAUGCAUUCAGCUGUCUAAUUUAUUUUGAAGCCUGAUGUUUUUGUUUUUUGGGGGGUGGUGGGGGUCAGGGUGUGUGUGUGUGGAGGGGAUGUUUGACUACAAUUUCCCAAACAACCAAGCCUAGUUUCUCCAAUUUAUGUAUCUUUUUAAUUAUCAAGUAAAGAAUUCAAUAAUGUGCUUUUGUAUUUUGUCUCCAAAUAGGGAGUAUUUUUUACAUUUUUUUCUGUACCCGUAUAAGCAGUAGUUUUGUACAAAAUGUCCCCACAACUAGGUUGUGUUCUUCAUAGACUGGUUUGUAACUUCCUUUGUCUGUGUGUGUUUUAUACCAAGCUCAUUUAGUACCUUUUUUAUCUUUUACUGCAAGUAAAGAUCUGAAACCUGAAACUGUAUUUUUUGUAAUGUUACAUUGUUAAACUGUCUGUAAAAGUGUCUAUCCUAAUAACCGAGGGACUCCAACAUUGUUUCUCUAACAAACUGUUCAUAUAGAGGGAUGGCAAAUUUACUUAAUACAUUUUUUUUUUUGUAUUUUGAAAUAAAUAUCACUUUCAAUAAGCUGUC